CAAGAUGAUCGGUUAGCAGCUAAAAGAGGACAAUGGUACUACUACUAGAUAUGUGCCGGUCCAGAUUCUGAAGUGAGCUGCUGAGUUACUAGGGAAGGGAUAUGGAGGACCGCAUCCAGUUGCUUUUAACAUGCGUAGGACUCAAGGCUUUCUCAACGUGGCGCCAUUUUUAAGCCUCAUUCGCAGAUGCAAAAGCCUUAGAUCCUUCAAGCAAAUCCAUGCACAACUAGUAACUUCAGGACUCAAUGAACACAGUAACGGCAUGGUAGUGAACCAGAGCAUUGAAUUUCUUGCCAGUUCUGUUCAUAAUCUUGAGUACGCCUGCGACUUCCUGAAUCAAAUUCGGUAUAAUCUAAGUUCUUUUCCUUUUAAUAUUUUGAUUGCUGGCUUUGCUGGGAGCGACACGCCAUGGGCUGCAAUUUUAGCUUAUAAGCGGAUAGUGCAAAAUGGGUUCUUGGCUGACAAGUACACUUUCCCAGUGCUUCUCAAGUCCUGUGCCAAGGUUAUGGGGAUUGGAGAGGGGAAACAGGUCCAUGGUGUGGUUGAGAAGAUGGGUUUCUCAAGUGAUCUCUUUGUGCAGAACUCGUUCCUCCAUCUGUAUGGUGUAUGCUGCGACUGCAACGAAGCAACCAAACUGUUUGAUGAAAUGCCUGUAAGAGAUGUCGUUUCUUGGAAUGCUCUGAUUUCUGGAUAUGUGAAGGCGGGGCUCUUUGGCGAGGCCAUGAAUUUAUUCAUGAAGAUGGAUGUGGAGCCGAAUGUGGCGACCGUGGUUAAUGUUCUUGUCGCUUGUGGGCGAUUGGGGAAUCUCGGUACAGGUAGAGUGAUUCAAGGAUUGAUUUUCAAGGGAGGAUUUGAGAUGGGUCUGGAGAUUGGCAAUGCUCUUGUGGGUAUGUAUGUCAAAAGUGAAUGCAUGAAUGAGGCUAAACGGCUUUUUGACGAGCUUCCCGACAAGGAUAUCAUUUCAUGGACUUGUAUAAUAAGUGGCUUAGUGCAAUGCAAACGCCCCAAAGAGGCGCUAGAGUUGUUUCGUGCCAUGCAAGGCUCUGGUGUGGAGCCUGAUAAGGUGACACUAGCUAGCAUCCUCUCUGCCUGUGCAAGCCUAGGAGCGUUUGUGUGUGGAAGGUGGGUUCAUGAGUAUAUAGAACGCUGUGGCGUUGAAUGGGAUAUUCAUAUUGGAACGGCCUUGGUUGACAUGUAUUCAAAGUGUGGGUCUGUGGAGAUGGCAUUGGACAUCUUCCAUGCCAUGCGCCAGAGAAAUGUUCUUACGUGGAAUGCAUUGCUUGGAGGCCUGGCGAUGCAUGGUCUUGGCAAGGAGGCCCUCCAAUAUUACGAUCAAAUGAUUAGAAUUGGGCUGAGACCUAAUGAGGUGACAUUUCUAGCCAUUCUGAGUGCCUGCUGCCACUCUGGCCUUAUCGAGCAAGGCCGCAGGCACUUCUAUCUGAUGAUUGAUCAAGACCAUAAUCUCACUCCGAGGAUAGAACAUUAUGGAUGCAUGGUUGAUUUGCUUGGUCGUGCUGGGCUUUUGGACGAAGCACUAGAGCUUGUCAUGACCAUGCCUAUGCAACCUGAUGAGCUAAUAUGGGGUGCUCUACUUAGUGCUUGCAAAGCCCAUGGAGAUGUUGAGCUUUCCCGACAUAUAUUGGACAAGCUGCUUGAGCUCGACUCUCAUGACAGUGGGGUCUAUGUUCUUCUCUCCAACAUAUUUGCAACCAAUGGUAGGUGGGAAGAUGUAAGCAGAGUAAGGAGGUUGAUGAAGAAGAGGAGUAUAAGGAAAGUCCCAGGGUCUAGUGUCAUAGAGGUCAAUGGAAGUAGCCAUGAAUUUUUUGUUGGGGACAUCGACCAUUCUCAUUUGAAGGAAAUUCAUCUGGUGCUAACUAUGCUAGCAAAACAAGCACACCUUGAAGGGCAAGUUGUACAUCAUAAUUAUCAGGGAUUUCAUUUUUUACAUGAAAUAUAAAUAAUAUUCUCUCUUAAA